AUGUCUCGACGCCACGUGGUGCAGAUUCUGCAGGGUCUGGUCUUGCUGUCCUUCCUUCUACUUGUGUCAGGUGAAGGAUGUUGCAUGUUCGCGCUGGGAGAAACCAACGUGAGGCUGUUGGACAGCUUCAAGCUCCAACUCCCUCAGAACUCCUGGCCGUCUGAUGUAGCAGAGAAUCCGUUGCUCAUGGCCAUCGACUCUGCCAGUUUACAGCAGAUUCCUGCAGGAUGCAAGCCGUUCGGACCUGUGUGGUUGAUUUCUCCUGCUAUUGGUCUGAAGGCUUCGGCUGUGGUCAACCUUCCACUCAUCAAGCUCUUGAAUCGUUCCUCCGAAUGGCAGAGGAUCGGCGUGUGGCAGAAUCAGUCAUCCUCCGCCGUCUCUACGACUGCGGACGCUCUCGGAGUCUUUGGGGUCUUCAGCAUCGACUCUCAGGUCGUUAUCAGCGCCAACCCUCAAGACUCGACCAGCAACUCGCAGGCUGAGGGAUCGAGCGACACGUCGGAAUCCUAUCGACAAUCCGAGGAGGAAGAGGAAGACGACGAGGAGAGGAAGACAGACAGUGCGGAGAGAGUGAUGAAGGACAAGAGAAAGAAGGAGGAACAGGAGCAGGAGGAGGAGGAGGACAGGAAGGGGAGGAAUGAUGAUAGUGAUGAUAAGGAGGAGGAGGAGGAGGAGGAUGGGUGGGUUAACGAUCAAAGCAAGGAUCAGAAAGCUUCAGCAUCGCAGAGGAGUGAAUCCGACGACUCGUCCUCUCCUCCCUCCACUGACCGAGUCUCGUCUCGUCGUUCACUUGAGGGAGAGAAGGAGGAGGAGGGGGAGAAGGAGAAGGGAGAGGAAGGAGGAGGGGGCAAGAGAGAGGGAGACAGCAAUGGCAGCCCUGCGGUCUCGGCUGAGGGCGAGAGGAGGGGAGAGGGAGGAGGAGGGCUCGACUCCUCCUUCAACGAGUCCUCCCUGCUGGAACCAGCCGCUGUCAACAUGACUCGUCAGCCGUCUCCUCACACCCUGGAGAUCGAGUCAACGUUGACUCGCCUGCGGAAGACCCGCGAGUCGGCGCUCAACUUUCAGAGCAGGACGCGGCAGGACCUCUCAAGGGCGCAUCAAGGACAUCUCGGUAGAUGA